AUGGCUUCCAACCUUGCCGCGAAGUUGGCUCAGGAUUAUAAGAUAUGCAUCUACGACGUCUCGCAGGAAGCUAUGAAAUCUUUCGUCGAAGCUCACGGGCAGUCGGUAUCAAUCUGUCACUCACCGAAAGAGGUUUCUCAAGGAACAGACAUCAUCUUCACCAUGCUGCCAGAAGGUUCCCACGUGAGAGCCGUCUACCUGGAUCCUGUUGACGGCAUCCUGCAUUCGAAGAUGUCCGCUCGCCUGCUUCUUGACUGCUCUACCAUUGACACUGAGACGUCUCUCGCAGUGUCCACUGCAGUCAAGUCGCGUUUCCCUGACGUCGCGUUCUAUGAUGCCCCGGUGUCAGGAGGUACUCUUGGUGCAGUGGCAGCGUCUCUCACCCUCAUGGUUGGUUGUUCUGAGAACGAUAGUAAUUGGUCACUCGUCGAAGGUUUGUUGGGACUCGUGGGCAAGAAUAUCAUCGCAUGCGGGGGCCCCGGCAUGGGUCUCACCGCAAAGCUGUGCAAUAACUAUUGCUCUGGACUCAUUUCACUCGCCACAGCUGAGGCCAUGAACAUUGGCAUGCGUUCAGGUAUGGAUCCACGGCUACUUUCUCGGGUGUUUUCCAAAAGCACGGCACAGAGCACAAUCUGCGACAAGUUCAAUCCUGUUCCUGGCAUAUGCCCAGAUGCACCGUCCAGUCACGGAUAUAGGGGCGGCUUCAAAGUGCAAUUGAUGGCAAAGGACUUUGGGUUAGCUGUUUCGACUGCAGAAACAGUCGGCGCAAAGCUGCUGUUGGGGACUGCUGGCCUAGAGGCAUACACUAAGGCGAGCCAAUCCGCAGAGUGUCGAGAUCUAGACUCUCGAGUGCUUUUCAGGCAUAUUGGAGGCCAGGAAGAUUGGGAGGAUGACUCUAAGAAAAGCCAAACGCCUGUUUCUCGCUGA